GUGACUAUUAGAGAAGGGGGGUAAGGAUGGAAAUCGGAAAUGUUUCAAUUAAGAUGAGUAAACUCGCUUGGAUGACGCGAUGGGUUUUGAAGUUGGCUGUGGUGGACGGACUCUGGCUAGCCUUUCAGUACGAUAGUUCAGCAACAAUGGGGGGACCGUGGCACAGUGUCCCUGACUUACUCUACGAGAGUUAUGCCUUUGGGGAAUUGGAGCAUGGCGACUUCCCUAUGCGGCACCACCACGACGUCAGCGCUAAGGGUAGGACCUUCCCUAUACAGUCAACGGGAAAUAAUGGCAUGGGAAAGUUGUGUCCAGCAUCAAACAAAGUAGUGUGCCUGGAGUCAAGUGCUAGUCUCACACAUGUGACUAACGGGGAAGACGAAAUGUGUAUAGCAUGUAAACAGUACCACCUCAGGAGAUCGGAACCUAUUAUCAGACAACCACAGCCAAGGAAAGCCCAACCCGAGUACAUGAAGUUGACGCUGGACUGGUCGACCGAUCUAUUCGGAUGUAUGGAAGAUGAACAUACUUGUUUAUUGGGAGCGUUUUGUGGUCCAUGCUUAGCGUGUUCUCUUGCCCGGCAGCUUGGGGAAUCGUGGCUGGUCGUUGCGUGUGUGCCCGGUGGCGUCACAGCGUUACGAACUAAACUCAGGAUGCAACAGAACGUCGAGGGUUCUGUUUGUGAUGACUGUCUGAAAUUAACUUGCUGUUGCCCUCUGGCCCUUUGCCAGAUGGCUCGUGAGUUGGAUAAUGCAGAGAUAGGCCGUGUGGGGUGACAAGAACCAGGCUACCACUUCAUGAUGCCAUCAUCCCAAAAUAAAUCCUAAGGUCGACAGACAGGUGCCCAAUGUCAUAGAGCUGCUUAGGCAAAAAAAUAUUGCUUAGUGAUUGUCUGCUAAGCAGAAAUAAGCAGGAUACCAGUCACAAAUUGUGCUUGUGACAUAUAGUAGUUUGGCUGCAGCCGAUUUCACAAAAUGCUAAGAUUAAUCCUAUCUCGAGUUAGGACGAGUUACCUGUCCUAACUUAGGAUGGGUUCAAUGCGCCCUCACGUCUUUGGAUAUGGAAUUUAACUCGUUCCAAGUCCUAAGAUUAAUCCCGAGUUAGAAAGAGUUUGUAGAAAUAGACAACUGGUAACCCUAUUCCAGUAAGCCUGAUUUUUUUAUGCUUGGCUACUUUUUGUGAUUAAGCUAAGGAGCUCUAUGAAAUUGGCUCCAGAAUUGUACAUAAAUAUUUGGAAACAGCAACAACUUUGUACAUUUUGUACAGAUGCCAGACUUAACUUUAAUAUGACUUAAUGAAGACAUCCUCGUAUUCAACACUGUGGAAAAUAAUGUAUGCCUUAACUUUGUUUUUAAUACAUGUUUAAAAGUUGUCAAUACAUGUCAACGGGUCUUCACUUUUUUAUUAAAAUAAUUUGUUAACAAAUUUAGGGAGUUGCUUUUAAAGAUUUUAUCUUUAAAAAAAGAAUAUGCAUGUUGCCCAUUAAAUUUAACCAAAUGUCUGGCACAAAGCCUUCUUUGGUCACAAAGAGAAUGCUCAAUUAAAAAUUCCUCUGACUACAUCUAGUGUUGCUAUCACAUACUUAAUUGAGAUUUCUGUAGGUGUGUUUAUCUUCUCUUUAUGCAACUAAUAUAAGAAAGUUUGCCCGUUUUCAACAUGUGCGUUGUCUAAUUGUAAAACUAAACUUCUUUCAGAUACCAUUUCCCAUGGAAAAACUCCCCCAACCCAACUCCAAACAUAUCCUCUCAUACCCUAGCCUUUUGUCAAGGCCUUCGUAGCUCGGAAAGCUUUGUAAUACCACUAUCCCCAGUGACUGGAAGGGGAGAGUGGCGGCAGUUGCUACUUGACUCGAGUGUAAGGUCUCCUCUCCAGUCGCUUGGGAUCACUGCUCUCAAAGCUGUUCAAGCCAAGAGAGCCUUGACAAAAGGCUACUUCGUCGUGUGCCCGGCAAAAGGGCGUAAGGCCUUACGCCCUUUUGCCGGGAACAUA